CGAAGCUGUCUUUGCGUUGCAAACAGAAUGCACAAGACAAUUCUAUUUGCAGGUCUCUUGCUGGCCACUGCUUGGUUGGGCUCAACCGAACGACUGGUGUGUGUCUAUAACAGCGUCUCAGACCAAAGAUGGGGGGUUGGAAAUUUCACAAUUGAUGACAUCCAACCACAUCUGUGUACCCAUCUGAUCUAUAGUUUUGUCACCAUCGAUUCGAGUUUUAACAUUUCCCCAAACUCGAGUGACAAAACAAAAUUCCCACACUUCAAGAAUCUGAAGACCAGCAAACAUGUUUGGUCCACCAGUAAUCCAGAUCUGAAGAUCCUUCUGGAGGUCAACCUGAUGGAAUAUCCAUUUUUGCAUCAACUGAUAGCCACGCAAGAAAAUAGGAAGACCUUUAUCCAGUCUGUAAUCUCCGUUCUGAGAGAACCUGCUUACAUGUUUGAUGGGAUAAACAUCUUGUGGCAGGCUAAAACGGAGACUUUAAUAGAAAUCAAGGAACAGUACACAAAGCUCAUCCAGGAAUUGCACGAAGCUUUUAUAGCCGAGGCGGCCCAAAAUGGAUCUGAAAAACUCCUGCUCACUAUGAGUGUCUCUGCUCAGCCAUUUGUCAUUCAUCAGAGCUACGAGGUCGAACACAUUGCAGACCACGUCGACUUCUUCAACGUGAUGACGUCCGAUAUUGAAAUCAUCUUUCAAAAAGGCCAACCAUCUUUCGCCACUCCGGCCAAAUCAUUCAGUGAGGCGGCUUUUGCAGUGAACGUCUGGCAUAAAUUGGGAGUACCUGCCCAUAAGAUUAACAUGGGAAUUGGGGUAUUUGGAGAAUCGUUUAUGAUUGACAUUCUGGGCACUGUUCACGUGGUGGGAGGCAAUUUAGCUGAUUUACCGGAAGGAUUCUUAGCCCGUUAUGAGGUGUGCUCUUUCCUGCAAGGGCUUCUUGGGGCUUCAACAACAACGCAGGUUGUCUUUGAUGACAUCGCUUCUAUCGAUGCAAAGGUUGAUUACAUAAAAAAAUACCAGUUUGGAGGAGUCUUUGUCCUGUCCCUGGACCUGGAUGACUUCAAUCAAAGUUGCUGCAGCCAUGACAGCAAAUAUCCUGUUAUCCAACAUCUGCACGAUGAGCUAAUUCUGUAAGCGGGUAACAUCAUUAUGUUUCAUAUUUCACGAGUUUGAAACAGUACGGUCUUCCUUCCUUGUCAUAAAGACCAUUAUACAAUCGUUUUUGGUAGCUAGGUGUGCAUUAGGUGAAUUUACUUAAUUGGGGCCAAAGUGGAGAUAAAGAUUAAUUAUCUAACCAGCCAUAAUGUGUACUUUUUUAAACUGCUGAAAUCAUCUGUGAAGGCAGGAUUUUUUUUUUCAUUUAUGGUGUUUUUGUAGUCAGCCACUGAUUGUAAUGCAGUUGUUGCAGAUUAUAUUUUGUGUGGUUAUCAGUAGCUGAAGAUCAUCAUGGAUAGCUGUUGACACCAGUCUGCAUAUUACUAGAUGUUUUAAUCGGGUGAUUCUGUGAAACGAAAUUCAAUUAAAUCUCUCAAUAAUUUAA